CAGACUACGCGGGGCGAUGCAAUGGCCGGAACGAGCCAAUCCGCCUCAUUGCCUUUCCCACCCCGCGCCGGGAACCCCGUCGCCGCCCCUCCCUCCUGCACAUGGCUCCAGCGACACCCGGGGCCUGGCCUUCGGCCAACACAGAGCCCUACAGCGGCGCGGCCCCCCGGCCGACGUGCCCCCCUCCUGCGGAGGCGGGGUGUUUGCGCGCGUCCCGCUUGUCCCUCCAGCCGCUCUUAUGCAACACGCGGCAGCCGCCAGCCGCAGCUCCGGCCCGGCCCCGCUCCGCUCUCUUCCCCCAGCCCCAGCUCCGGCCCGCCCCUCGCCCCGCGGGGAUGUUUCACUAGUUUGCUUUGAUUCCCGGGACCCAAGAUGGAGGCUGCGCUGGGGCCUGGCGGGCUCCUGCUGCUGCUCCUGCUCGGCCCCGCGGCUCCGCAGCCCGCCGCCGCCCGCCCACAGUCCCUCAGCCAGGAGAACAUCAGAGUUAAUGUUACUAUGUUAAAAACCAGUGGAGAAUCUCAAGAAGCACAGGUUGUCUUUAAUAUCACCUACAACAGUGGACAGAUCUAUGUAAAUGACUUUGCUAUGAAGAGAGGUGUCACCCGGAUUAAGUGUCAGACUUUAAUAUUGGAAACUGGAAACUCUGAUAAUCUAUUGGAUCGAAGGCAUUGGGGAAUUGUUAGCGUUCGCAUCAUGUUUCGUGAGUGGCCCUUGGCAUCCAGAUCGAAUUUGCAAUUGAUUGUCAUUCAGGAAGAGGUGAUGGAAAUUGAUGGGAGAGAGGUUCAGCAAGAGGAGGUUACUGAAAUAAACAUAUUAAUUAAGGGCCUGAGAGUACUUAGACAUUCAAACCAUUCUGUUCCUCUGAAGGAAAGCAUGCUGUAUUCCAUCCCCAGGGACAACGACAUGUUAUUUACACUUCCCAAUCUCUCAGGAAAAGUAGAUGUUCAAGGCCCACUGCAACCAACAAGUCACUACCUCCUCUGGCAAGCAGAAACUACAGUAGAUGAAGAGACAUUACCUGGCAAGUUACCAGAGACUCCUCUCAGGACAGAGUCUCCAUCAUCUUAUAAGGUGAUGUGCCAGUGGGUGGAAUACUUGAGAAAAGAGCUGUGCAGGUUCUGGCUUAAAUCUUUCCCUGUGUUCUUUAAGUUGAUGGAAGUCAUUGGGACUGGAAUUGUAGGAGCAGCUCUAGUUUUAGGAAUCUUAAAAAUGCUUUUCCCUUCCUGCGAACACAAAGGAGUCCUUCACCUGGAGGCUAUUAACACUGCACCUGUGGUUGUGAUAAACGUCUCUUCAGAUAUUCCAGAGAAGACAGACAAUUUAGUGGAGAAAUAAUGUACUCAAUACCAUGCUCGCGUCUGAAUCUUUGUACAAAUCUUCAGCGGACCUAAAAGUUGGCACUGGAACUUUAAUACCUUAUUUGCUUCCUUUUAUGAAAACAGAACGUCAACUGAUUUAUGUUUAAAGGGACGCUUCACGGGUGAGGCCCAAAAUUAUCUCCCCUCUUUCCACAGCCUCUUGCUCCUAAGGAACAGCAGCUUCCUACUAUGAGGAUUGUGACAGGUUUUAACUUUAAAAUAUUCUCCCAGCAGAUAGGACAGGGAGCUGGCCUUUGUAUUCACAGAUAAGGCAGUUAGGUAAUGAAAUACAGAAUGUGAUAAUCUUCAGUCAUCUCAAGCAUGGACUAAAGCACUAGAAGGAAGAGAUUACACAUGUGCCUGCAAGUCAAAACAAAGGUGGUCAACCUGGUUUUAGACCUAUUACCCUUGACUGUGCCUUGUAGAAACAACAAUUGUUCUUACCAUUAAAAUGAGUUACUAUAUAUGUAAAACAAGGCAAAUUUUAAUAUUUCAAGCACUCAACAGCCAAUUUCAUAUUAAGCCCCUUCCCUAUGGAAAAAACUGUAAGCCACUUAUAGAUGACUUGUUUAUUAUGCUUUUUGUAUACAUCUUGUGGUAUUGUGUAAAAUUUCUCAGAACCAACACAAAUGUCUUACAAAACACUAGUUUACUAUCUUGAAUACAGGAGGCAUAGUUUUCCCAUGAAUGUUCACAUAAUAUUUAAAUUGUUUACUACAUUCACUGUGCAUAUAAAAAUAUACUGAAAGGAAAUCAAACUAUAGAGAAGUGACUUGCAGGAUUACAUUACUUGAAG